UCAAGCAAACAAUUAAUUAAGAGGGUUAAUAAUAUCUUUAUUAUUAUUGAUCGAAGAAAUAUGGAAAUCCAAGAAUUGGGAAAAUAUCAAACACUGCCACUUGUGUCUCUAAACCAUGUUUCCUUAUUGGUUCGAUCCGUUUGGGCCUCUGUCCGGUUCUAUGAGGAUGUCCUAGGGUUUUGCCUCAUCAAACGCCCUUCCUCUUUCAAAUUCAAUGGAGCUUGGUUAUUUAACUACGGCAUAGGGAUACAUUUCAUUGAGAACGAAUCGCUGAUCGAUGAACUCGAUGGAGGCGGUGGAUUGAUGGAGCCGCGCCCCAUUAAUCCCAAAGAGAACCACAUCUCAUUUCAAUGCACGGAUGUGGAGAUUGUGAAACGGAAGCUCGAGGAGAUGGGGAUGAGAUAUGUGGCAGCGUUGGUGGUGGAGGACGGGAUUGAGGUGGAUCAAGUGUUCUUCCAUGACCCAGAUGGUUACAUGGUUGAGAUCUGCAACUGCGACAAAAUUCCAAUCAUUCCUAUCUCCUCCUUUCCUUUAAACAGUGAUAAUAUCAUCACCAAGAAAUGUGGAUUCAUGGAGCUAGCUGUUAUGAUGGACAAGCUUAAAAUGGACAUGCUCAACUUCUCCUUCUAAUUCUUAAUUCUUUCUUUUCAUAUUUAUAUAUAAUUAUCAUGCAAUGCAUGAGGAUCAAUGAUCUUUGAGAUUAAUUUAUGAUUAUUAUAAUCAACUAUGUAUAUGUUGAUUAAGGAGUGAUGAGCGAGUACUCAUUCUUAUUUUAUUUGAUUGAUUAUAUAUUAUGAUGAUUCUGCUUA